GAGCAAUCUGCAGGCGAGAAAAUUCUAUGGAGUGAACAGUCUGGUCCCCAAAAUAUCGACCCGAUCGUGUGGCAACGCGCUGCAUCAUCAGCAGAAAUUUUCUGGAAUGGGAAGCAGCCCACUGGCGCUGCACUCAACGUCACCGAAGCACUUCCUCGUUUGCAUGCAAGUACAGGAUGGUACAGCGCGGCGUCAAUGCCAUCCAUCCCACUCCAGCCGCAGUGGUGUGCGUUUCGACUGGACGCAUGCGAUAUGUACGCUUGA